UUUAGAAUCAUUAAUGAAUAUGAAAAAGGUGUUAUUUUUAUUUUAGGUAAAUUUUAUAAAAUUAAAGAACCAGGUUUCAGAAUUGUUUUUCCAUUUAUUCAAACAUGUGAAAUUGUAGACUCUCGUUUACAUUCAGAAACACUCGAUAAACAAGAAAUUAUCUCAAAAGAUAAUAUAUCAUUAAUUGUAGAUGCUAUUGUUUUUUUUAAGGUUAGUAACCCAGAGUUUUUAAUUAAUAGAGUAUUUGACCCAAGAAAGAUCAUUCAAGAGUUUGUUCAAAUAAAAAUCCGUGAAUUAUUAUCAAAUAAUACCCUUCAAGAAAUUUUAGUUAAUCGUGAAAAAUUUUCAAAUGAAAUUUAUGACUCUGCUGCAAGUUUAUCAUCGUGGGGUCUCAAGGUUGAAAGAGUUAAUUUAAAAGAUAUCAAAUUUGAAAACUCUAUUGUACGAGCAAUGGCUAAAGUUGCAGAAGCUGAACAACUACGUCAAUCAAAACUAAUUCAUGCUCAAUCUGAAGUGCAAACUGCUGAAAAGAUUCUUCUUGCUGCAAAUAUGCUUGAAAACAACCCAGUUGCAAUUAGAAUAAAAGAAUUAGAUAUUUUAUCACAAAUUGCCAAAGAGCAA